GCUCGCCGCGCAGCGCCGGGCGCCGCCACCCGCCGCCCAGGCAGCCAGGCGACUCUUCCUCCGCAGGCCGCACGGGCUGACUCAGGCGCCGUUCGCCGGGCCUUGCCUCGCAGUCGGCGUCCAGUUCCCCCUCGGCUCGCGGCCACUUGGUCCGCGCCGCCGGCGUCCUGUGUGCCGGGCCCGCCCGCACUGCGGGGACAGGCCGGGCGCCGCCCACGCCGCGCUCCGCCGGGCGCGCAGUCUCUCUGGGAAGCGGGCGGGCGGCCAUGGCGCGGCGCGCGGGGAGGUAGCGGGGCGGACGCGGGAGCGCACUGUCGGCCAUGGCCCGGCGGCGGCGCCGCGCCUGCAUCGCGCUGUUCCUGGUGCUGCUCUUCGCCUUCGGCACGCUCAUGGGCCUGCGCACGCUCAAGGCUCCGGACGGACUCCCGGCGCUGGGCCCGGGUCUGGAGCUGGCGCCCUUUGAGCGACGCCCAGAGGGGGCCCCCGCGCCCGCCGCCCGGGCCCCGGCGGCCCCUGCCGCUCCGCCCCCGCCGCCGCCGCCGCCCCGCACCUCGGACCCUGGCGGCUCCCCUGGGCCGGUCCCCGCGGAGGCCGAGCCCGCCCCCGGGCAGAGCCUGCGCGUCUACUCGGACCUGCACGCCUUCUACUACUCGUGGUACGGAAGCCCGCGGCGCGAGGGUCACUACAUUCACUGGGACCACGUCAUGGUGCCGCACUGGGACCCCAAGAUCUCGGCCAGCUACCCCCGCGGCCGCCACAGCCCCCCAGACGACUUGGGCUCCAGCUUCUACCCUGAGCUGGGACCGUACAGCUCCCGGGACCCCGAAGUGCUGCGGGAGCACAUGACCCAGCUCAAGGAAGCCGCCAUCGGCGUUCUGGUCCUGUCCUGGUACCCACCUGGCAUGGCUGAUGAUAACGGGGAACCCUCAGAUGACCUGGUGCCCGCCAUUCUGGACACCGCCCAUCAGUACAGCAUCCAGGUGGCCUUCCACAUCCAACCCUACAAGGGCCGGGAUGACAUCACUGUACAUGACAACAUCAAGUACAUCAUUGACACGUAUGGCUCCCAUGGUGCAUUUUACCGCUAUAAGAACAGCAUGGGCAAGAGCCUCCCACUCUUUUAUAUCUACGACUCAUACCUGACGUCCCCUGAGGCCUGGGCCCACCUCCUGACACCAAACGGGCCCCACUCGAUCCGCAACACGCCCUAUGAUGGGGUCUUCAUAGCACUGCUGGUGGAGGAGGGCCACACCCAUGACAUCCUGGCCGCCGGAUUUGACGGCAUGUACACCUACUUUGCCUCCAACGGUUUCUCCUUUGGUUCUUCCCAUCAGAACUGGAAAGCUGUGAAGAACUUUUGUGAUGCCAACAACCUCAUGUUCAUCCCCAGCGUGGGGCCUGGCUACAUAGACACCAGCAUCCGGCCCUGGAACAACCACAAUACACGCAACAGGGUCAACGGCAAGUACUAUGAGACGGCCCUGCAGGCGGCCCUAACAGUGAGGCCCGAGAUAGUCUCCAUCACUUCCUUCAAUGAGUGGCACGAGGGCACCCAGAUUGAGAAGGCCAUUCCCAAGAAGACACCCACCCGCCUGUAUUUGGACUACCUGCCUCACCAGCCCAGCCUGUACUUGGAGCUGACCCGCCGCUGGGCGGAGCACUUCAUCAAAGAAAAAGAGCAGUGGCUCAUGUGAGGGGCCUGUAAACAGGGGCGUGAGGUGCUGAUGUCCUUGCUUUGCUGGAAGGGGUCACCACGUGGGGUUCAGCUGAGGUUGUAAGCACUCGCUCGUUCCCAGGUCAGAGGUCAGCAGCUGGGUGCCUCUGGUUCGGCCGUCAGGCCUGGGCAGCACAGAGCCCGUUCCUCAGGCAUGCGGUGCUGGGGUGCUCUGCGGUGAUGGGAACAGCAGAGGCUGGCAGGUGACUGGACUCAGGCCAGGGCAGCUCUGCAUCUUGGGAACACUUUCCUGUAACCCCUUCUAGUUCGGAGCUCUGCAGCGGGUUGGUAUUGUGUAGUGGCCGCCCAGUCACCGCCCUCGGAAGGGUGUCAGGGUCUGGGCUCGCAUGCACCCUGUUCCCUUCUGCCAGCCUGCGUCCUCUCCUCAGGACUCCUUCCCAGAUCAUGUCUUCUCUAAGCUAGGGAACCAUAUUUGAGACUUUCAAAAAAGGAACUUCUAGGUUCAAGCUCCUCCCAGUAGAUUCCUGGACCCAAUUAUCAGGAAAUCAUCCUGAGCACUCACAGGUUCAUUUAACACUCACUCAUCAAGCACACUGCUAUGUGCUAGGUGCUGGGGAGAACUUGACCCAGGAACAGUUCCUGUCCUCAAGCUUACAGGACCCAGCUUUCCUGAUCUGGUGUGGCCUUGUAGCUAGUGCCUGGGCACAGUGUUUUUUUUGCAGUUUUACCUAGUGCUGGGAGUUCAGUUCUUUCUCCUCUAAAAAAAUACCUCUGUGCUCCAGAGCCUACUUUUUCCCAGAUGCGUAUUUAGCUCCAGGGAGAGGACUAUGAGGAAACCCCCUCCCUUUAGCUGCCUGAACUGACUGAGGCCCACUCACUAGAGCCAUGUUCAGUGCUACUGUGAUUUGUAGUAAUUAAAUAUAAACCGGUAUUCUCAAGUAA